CUAUCUCUAGCUCUGUUCAUUAUGAAACAUAAAUCAUCGUGUUCUACGCAAAAUUAGGUCCGGUGUACUUAUGCUCGUUUUGAAAGUACGAUACAACCAAGAAAAUUAACUGUUGCUUUUCUGCAUAUAUAUUAUUUAAAAUAGAUAUUGUUUCAUUUUCAUUAACGUUUUAACAUGUCGACUAUUUCAAGAAAAAAGAAAAACUCAUCAAACUUGAAGAGCAUAGGUAAUCGCGAUGAAUUUUUAAAUCGCAUCUCAAAAUCGCUUUACUAUUCGAAACUACCAGUGACCGAUUGCCUCAGUUUACCUGUUACUGAAUUGGCAGCAGAGUUGUUCAAUGAAGUAAAAGGUGAUUAUACGCUUGAAAGAUUAGAUGUAGAAGAGGCUAGCAAAAUAUCUAGAAAUGCAUGUGUUUCACCAUGUUCUCUUGUUUUGGCAUUAUUGUACUUGGAGAGAUUAAAAGAUUGUAAUCCACAAUAUCUUCAACAAGUGGCACCUUCUGAGCUCUUCCUCGUCUCUUUGAUGGUGGCUAGUAAAUUUUUAAACGACGAGGGAGAAGAAGAUGAAGUUUUUAAUACUGAAUGGGCACAAUCAGGUGAUCUAACUAUAUUAGAAAUAAAUCAGUUAGAAAAGGACUUUCUCAAAGCUAUUGAUUGGACUGUUUUUGUUCAUCAUCAAGACUUUUGGAAAAGAUUACAAAAAUUAGAAAAAGAUGUAGCCUAUAAAGAAGCACAGAAAAGAGGCUGGUUUUCAUAUACAGAAUUGACUUGCCUAAUGAAUUCAAUGCAAUUAAUAGCAGUAGCACAAGCUGUGGUGAAUGUAUCAUCCAUUUGUCUGGCAACAUAUACUGCAGGAGUAGUUACUCUUUUAGGCUCUGCCUUGGUUGCAAGCUGUCUUCCAGGAACAGUACUUAGUCCAACAAUUAAUUCCACAAAUAUUAUGAAAACAGAUCUUAAUUCAGUAACAGAUAUAAUAUCAUCAUCAUCCAUCGAAGAAAAGAUUUUAUCGAAAGAUAUUUUAACGGCAAAUUUUACAUCCCUAAAUUGUAAUCAAUCUCAACAGAAUUGUGAAUACAUUGAAACAAACGAUGCUACUGAUAUAAAUUGGAAAUGGUGGUUAAAUUCUAUGAUGAUUCAGCUAUCAGAAUAUUCAGAUCCAGAAUCGAAAAAGACACUGCAUACAGCAAAUGAUAAAACCGAACAUGCGGGCACAUCAAUAACAACAAAAUUCUUUUUCGACAUUACUAUAUCAGAUGAACCUUUAAUAAAAUUCUGGAAACAAAUAUUGGAUAUAGAUCUGAAAAUUCUUUUACACGAGUGGCGAUAUUAUGCGAAUUGCGCACAAAGUACAAAAUUAACAUUCGAUCAUCAGCACUGAACAUCGCAUAUCAAGAUUAUCAAGAUCUUAAAAAUCUAACUAUUCUCUUUAUUAAAAGAAUUUUCAAACCAGAGAAAGAUUAUAUAUUUUUUCUACUAACUUGUAACUCGCAAAAGAACUUCUCAAGAUCAUUUUUUCAAUAAAGAAAAUAAAAUAUCUAUGAAAACAUUGGUUUUUUUUUUAAACUAUGACAACUUUUGGGGAUAUAUAUAAGGAUAAUACUAAAAUAUAAAAUACAGGUCUAUAUGUUGUUACUACUAUUUAUACAGUUUUGAUAAUACAUCUACAAUUAUUUUAUACAUAUGUAUAUAUUAAGUACAUUCAUCUUACAGAGAUUACAUAAUAUUGCAUAAACUUUAUGAUUGUCAUAAAUUAAUAUUGCAAAUAAUUACGAAAUUUUUAAUAAUAGAUCAUAAAUAGAUGUUUGUUUUCUAUCAUUAUAAAUCAAUUUGUUAUAAAAAGUAAAUAUUAUAAUAAUAAUAAAAUUUUUAAGCAUUUAAUAUAUAUAAUUUCAACCACCGUUAUGAAAAUAGGAAAAAAUAGGGAUAGGGGUCAUCCCGAUAAUACAGCCAAUUGUAACUCCUAUAACUCGUCCCUGAAUUAUUAGAAAUUACUUUUUUUAUUUUUUAUAAAUUAUUAACUUAAAAAGUAAAGUGUGACAUAAAAGUAAGCAUACCAUAUUAGCAGCUGCUUUUGUCCUAUGUAAAUUUAAUUGUAUGGGAGUAAGUUUUGGUGCUUUAAAACCAACGCUUUGAGCGAAACGUUCUACAUAAUGUACAGAUCCGAUUCCUAUUAUAUCAGAUAUUGUAUUUCCUAACGCGGCAGCUGCCAUAGUUGAUAUUGGAAAUUUUUUAUUCAAUAUUGUUUCAAUUUGAUCUCCCUGAAAUGACAAUAUUACAAAAUCGAACAUACACGAUGUAAAUUCGUGAUACGUACAGCGACAAUCAUGAUGAAAUUGUCAAGGAAACCAAAGCCAAUGAAUGGGAUUGCAUUUGCAAUUGCAACUGUAAGAAUAUGAUAUGUACUAUUAAUUAUCUCUUAAGUUCAAAAGAAAUAUUAUAUUCUAUUAUACAAAUUAUUUUAGUAAACAUUUAAAUUUGAAUUUGCGAACUUUGUCAAAUAUUAAUAUUUAAAAUUCAUACCUAAUACUAACUCUUUUGUGGUUGGUUCUGGAACAGUUUCAACUGCAAUAGGAAAGAGAAAAAUGUGAACGUGUAUUCUUUUUGUAACACAAUAUGAUAACAUUAAUUAAUAAGUAAUUGUGAAAAAUAUAAUUCUUGUGUUACUUAUAACAUAACACACAAAAUGA